AAAACAUAAUAAAAAAGAUAAAAUAUAUAAAACAAACUCUUAUAUUAAUAAAGUAAUAAGAAACUUAAACAAUAAAAUUAAAAAGUUAUAAAAUACAUAACACUAAAAUAUAAAUUGUAUAUUUAAAUUUAUAUAAUAGUAUCAAAAUUAAAUAUUUUAUAAAAUGAAAAUAUGCCCGCACAAUGUGCGGGAUAAACUCUAGUACUAUAAUUACACGAGAGUUUCAAUGAUCUAAUCAAAACAUUUUAAUAGUACACUUAAGUUUACACAUUACACACCGGUAAAAUACAGUAAAUUCUAAAUUCUUUUUGAUGAGGGUCAGCACGGCUCUCCAAAAUAUUUGGACCUAAAGAUAUUAUCAGUUUAAGAUCGUGAUAAUAACGAAUAACUUAAAUAUUCUUCAGUAGAUUUGAGAUACUUUUAACCUAUCAUUUUCUGUAUAUAUAAGCGUAUAUAGCCGUGCCUUAGAUUUGUUUAUACACUUCCUCUCCUCUUUUCCACCAUAAACCAUGAAAAGCUCCAUGUUCCUCGUGGCAGCAGCUUUCCUCUGCCUCGUAAUUUUUCCGACCAUAACCUUAGGAAAAGACCUGAGAUUCUGGCCAAACCCCAUCAAAGGAUGGCCACAUCCGUCGGAUACCUACAGAAACGUAAUGUUAACGAGCACUUCCCAUAAAUUCAACUAUGGAGAUUCCAAAGUCUGGAAAUGUACUUAUAGCAACGGAUCUGGUCCAGCCAUUUCCAUUUCUCCGUCAAUACCGUCAACACCAUCAACACCUUCACCGUCAACACCGUCAGCUUCGCCUCCUACUCCCAAAACGUCUCCUCCUCCGCCUCCAAUUCCCAAAAUAUCUCCAACCCCGUCAACACCAUCUCCUCCUCCACCUACACCAUCUCUUCCCCCUCCAACUCCCAAAAUAUCUACACUGCCGCCAACACCAUCUCCUCAGCCUUCAACUCCCAAAAUAUCUCUACCGCCGCCAACACCAUCUCCUCCGUCUCCAACUCUCAAAAUAUCUCCACCGUCGCCUACACCAUCUCCUGCGCCUCCAUCUCCCAAAAUAUCUCCUCCACCAACACCAGCACCAACACCAUCUCUUCCGUCUCCAACUCUCAAAAUAUUUCCACCGUCGCCUACACCAUCUCCUGGGCCUCCAACACCCAAAAUAUCGCCCCCGCCAACACCAACAACUAGUACACCUUCGCCUCCAACACCCAAAAUGGCUUCCCUGCCACCUACACCAUCUCCUCUUCCAACUCCCAAAAUAUCUCCACCGCCGCCAACACAGUCUCUUGCGACUCCAACUCCAGAGAAGUCUCCAUCUCCACCGCCACCAACACCAUCUCUUCCGCCUCCAACUCCCAAGAAUUCUCCAUCUCCUCCACCACCAAGCGGUGGUGAUGGCUCAUCGUCUCCUAGCGAGCCAUCAAAUCCACCUCCGGAACAUCAUCAUCAUCAUCACCAUCAGAGUCCAUUGGAACACUUUGGAAGUUGUGUGAGAAACAUGGGACCUGUUGGAGAAUGUCGUGGGCAGAUGGCGUUUAGUUUCUACACGAGGAUGUUUCAAGUCAGUGAUUAUUGUUGCAAUCUUGUCGUCAACAUGAAAAAUGAAUGCGAAGAUGCCAUUUGGGGAUAUUUCACCGAUCCCUACUUUGUUUCUCUAGUUCGUUUCACUUGUCACAUCAUGUACUAGUUUUUUUUUUUAUCAUUUUGAUUAGGUUUUUUUUCUUUAAUGGUUUUGUCUUGUUUUGGUUCGUUUAGUCAUGCAAUAGUGUUGUCGUCUAUAUCCUAUGGACGCCUCUUUCGUUAUAAGUUUUAAUUAAUUAAUAUAUUGUAUGGCUUUCUUUCU